AUGUCAACCACAUGGGACCACAAGACACCGGGCCACGAGUCCGGCGCCGCGCUCUUGGCCCACGGCCCCGAAGUGCUCCACGACUACGUGGCCACGCGCUGUGAGGCCGCGCUCGGCCGCAGUCUCCCGCAGAUGGAGGUGCGCGUCCACAAUUUGUGCAUCACAGCAGACGUGGUCGUCACUGAUGCCGACGAGAGCAAGACGGAGCUCCCGACGAUCUGGCACACGAUCAAGAAGACGUUCGUCCGGCUCUCAGCCACCAAGCACGUACUCAAGAAGGAGAUUGUCCAGAAUGUCAGUGCUGUGUUCAAGCCCGGGACAAUGACGCUCGUGCUGGGCCAGCCUGGCUCGGGCAAGUCGUCGCUCUUGAAGGUCCUAGGCGGCCGGUUCCCACGGGAGAAGCACGUGACAAUCACGGGUGACGUGACGUACAAUGGCGUUGCCCAGUCGGAUCUUCUGGAGCGGCUGCCACAGUUUGUCGCGUACGUGACGCAGCGCGAUCGGCACUUUCCAGCGCUCACUGUGAAAGAGACGCUCGAGUACGCCCAUCGAUUCUGUCGUGGCGAGUUGUCGACGCGCGUGGAGAAGAAGCUGACCAAAGGCACGGCUGUGGAGAACAAGGCAGCUUUGGACACGGUGCAGGCGCUGCUGGCGCAUUACCCUGAAGUUGUGAUCCAGCAACUGGGGCUAGAACCCUGUCAAGACACGAUCGUGGGCAACGGCAUGAUGCGUGGAGUCUCGGGUGGCGAGCGCAAACGCGUGACGACUGGCGAGAUGGAGUUUGGCAUGAAGUACGUCUCGCUUAUGGAUGAGAUCAGUACGGGACUUGACAGUGCCGCAACGUACGACAUUGUCAAGACGAAGCACAGUGUUGCCCAAAAGCUGCAGAAGACGGUGGUGAUUGCCCUGUUGCAGCCGGGACCCGAGGUGUUUGUGCUCUUUGACAACGUGAUUCUCAUGAAUGAAGGCGAGAUCAUGUACAAUGGUCCACGAGAGCAGAUCGUCGACUACUUUGAAAGCUUGGGCUUCAAGUGUCCAGCGGAGCGCGACGUGGCUGACUACUUGUUGGAUUUAGGGACGAACCAGCAGUGCAAGUACGAGUCGAUGCUGCCGACGGGUAUGACGCAUUUCCCGCGACUGGCGAGCGAGUUUGCCGAGCUUUACCGUCAGUCGAGCAUUUACUGCAACGUGCUCGCAGCACUGGAAGCCCCGCAUGACCCGCAGUUGCUGGAGAAUGUCAGCAACGACAUUGAUCCGAUGCCUGAGUUUCACCAGUCAUUCUGGGCCAACACGUGGACGCUCAUGGAGCGCCAGAACAAGGUGACCGUGCGCAAUACAGCGUUCCUCAAGGGUCGUGGCAUCAUGGUGGUUGUCAUGGGUCUGGUAACCGCGUCGACGUUCUGGAACGUGGAUCCGACGAAUGUGCAGGUGCUACUGGGCGUGCUUUUCCAGGCCGUUCUGUUCCUGUCACUGGGGCAGGCCUCGCAGAUCCCGACGUUCAUGUCUGCGCGCGACAUCUUUUACAAGCAGCGUGGUGCCAAUUUCUACCGCUCGGCGUCGUACGUACUGUCGUGCUCGGUCGCUCAGGUCCCGCUGGCGUCCAUGGAAGCUAUCCUCUUUGGCUCGUUGCUGUACUGGAUGUGCGGGCUCGUAGCCUCAACGAGCGCGUUCAUCAUCUACCUGAUCGUGCUGUUCCUGACAAACUUGGCAUUUGCGUCAUGGUUCUUUUUCAUCGCGUCAAUCUCGCCGGACCUGCACGUGUCGAAACCGAUCGCCAUGAUCACGAUUUUGUUCUUCGUGCUGUUCGCGGGGUUCAUCGUGGUCAAGAGCCAAAUGCCCGACUGGUUGGUGUGGAUCUACUGGGUCGACCCGUUUUCGUGGUGCUUGCGUGCUCUGGCCGUGAAUCAGUACCGCUCGUCGGCGUUUGAAGUGUGUGUGUACGAAGGCGUAGAUUACUGCUCGGAGUUUGGCAUGUACAUGGGUGAGUACUUCUUGUCGCUGUAUGAAGUGCCAUCCGAGAAGUCGUGGACUGUGUACGGCAUCAUCUUCAUGAUCGCAGCGUAUGUGUUGUUCAUGUUCCUGGGCUGCCUGGCGCUGGAGUACAAGCGGUACGAAAGUCCGGAGCACACACUCUUGGCAAAGAAGGCUGUGGACGAUGCUGGCAGCUACGCGCUAGUGGAGACUCCAAAGAAGAGCACAUCUCGUCAUGUCGACGAGACUUGUUUCGUCGAGGUGAAGGAGCGUACGAAGAACUUCACGCCCGUGACAGUAGCGUUUCAGGACUUGUGGUACUCGGUGCCGAACAUGAAGAGUCCGAAGGAGACGUUGAAUCUGUUGAAGGGCGUGAGCGGAUUUGCGAUGCCUGGCUCAAUGACGGCUUUGAUGGGCUCAUCUGGCGCUGGUAAGACGACGCUGAUGGAUGUGAUUGCCGGUCGGAAGACGGGCGGUACGAUCACGGGCAAGCUCCUGCUGAACGGCCACGAGGCGAACGAUCUAGCGAUCCGUCGUUGUACGGGCUACUGCGAGCAGAUGGACGUGCACUCGGAGGCAUCAACGUUCCGUGAGGCGUUUACGUUUAGCGCGUUCCUGCGCCAGGACAGCAGCGUGCCAGACAGUACGAAGCUCGACUCGGUUCACGAAGUGCUGGACUUGCUUGACAUGCAUGACAUCGCGGACCAUAUCAUCCGUGGCAGCUCGGUCGAGCAGAUGAAGCGUUUGACAAUAGGCGUGGAGCUGGCGGCGCAGCCUAGUGUGAUUUUCUUGGACGAACCCACGAGCGGCUUGGAUGCUCGGUCGGCAAAGUUGAUCAUGGACGGUGUCCGCAAAGUAGCGGAUAGCGGCCGUACGAUUGUGUGCACGAUCCACCAACCAUCGUCCGAGGUGUUCUACCUGUUCGACAACCUGCUGCUGCUGAAGCGAGGCGGUGAGACGGUCUUCUUUGGUGAGCUCGGCGAGAAGUGCUGUAAACUCGUAAGCUACUUUGAAGCCAUUCCUGAUGUCGCUCCACUUCCAAAGGGCUACAACCCGGCGACGUGGAUGCUGGAGGUGAUUGGCGCUGGCGUGAACCACGCUGCUGUAUCGACGGACUUCGUGAGCCUGUUCAAGCAGAGCGAGGAGAAACACAUUCUGGAUACGAACUUGGCAAAGGAGGGCGUGACGAUCCCAUCACCGAACUACCCGGAGAUGAUGUUUACCGAGAAGCGCGCUGCCAGCUCGUGGACACAGGCUCGCUUCCUCGUGGGUCGUUUCAUGAACAUGUACUGGCGCACGCCGUCGUACAACCUCACCCGUUUCAUCGUGACGUUCUUGCUGGCAUUGGUCUUCGGACUGCUCUUCCUCGACGGUGAUUACCAGACAUAUCAGGGUAUCAACGGUGGGGCAGGCAUGUUGUUCAUGACGACAGUGUUCAACGGCAUUGUGUCGUUCAACAGUGUCCUGCCCAUCUCAUGUGAAGAGCGCGAGUCGUUCUACCGCGAGCGGGCUGCCCAGACGUACAAUGCGCUGUGGUACUUUGUGGGCUCGACUUUAGCCGAGAUCCCGUACGUGUUUGCAAGUGGCUUCAUCUUCACGUUCGUGUGGUUCUUCAUGGUGGGCUUCACUGGUUUCGGCACCGCACUGCUGUACUGGAUCAACGUGUCUCUACUGGUGUUGCUCCAGGCAUACAUGGGCCAGUUCCUCGCGUACGCAAUGCCGAGUGUCGAGGUGGCUGCUAUCAUUGGCGUCUUGAUGAACUCGAUCUUCUUCCUGUUCAUGGGCUUCAACCCUCCUGCGAAUGCCAUUCCGGGCGGCUACAAGUGGUUGUAUGCCAUCACACCGCAACGGUAUCCGCUCGCCAUUCUGGGUUCGCUCGUGUUUGGUCAAUGUGACGUGGACCCUACCUGGAACGAGAGCAAGAAGGUGUACGAGAACGUCGGGUCUCAGCUGGGAUGCCAACCCGUAACGGGGUUGCCAGUCUCGAUUGACCACAUCACAGUGAAGGAAUACGUGGGAUCUGUCUUCGACAUGCACUACUCGGACAUGUGGACGCACUUUGGAUACGUGCUCAUCUUCAUCGCCGUGUUCCGUUUGCUCGCGCUGCUGUCGCUGCGGUUCCUCAACCACCAGAAGAGGUAG